GACUCAGCUGUCGCAAUCUCCCACCCAAAUGCAGUAAUCCAUACAUAAGCACUGAAUGCUGACCCUCACACAAGCCCACACCCCGGAUCUAUCCAUCCUCAGCUUUUCACCAUGGACUACUCUCGCCUUCUCCUCGCUCUCGCCGUCUACAUCGGUAAGUUGAAUCCCUCCACCACUGGCCCCACGAUCACGAACCCCAACCCCGCGCACAGAAGUCAAGUCAAGUCAGUUACUAACCGCGAUCUUCGAAAUAAAUAAGUCAUCCGCCUCGUCCGCGCCCGCUUCUUCCCCUCAAAGAUCAUGGCCCACGGCAAAGUCAUCGAAGUUGACAACCCCGUCAUCUUCAAAGCCCUCACCUCCUCCGGCCCCGUCGUCGUCGACUUCUUCGCGACCUGGUGCGGACCCUGCAAGGCCGUUGCGCCGGUCGUCGGCAAACUCAGCGAGACGUACCCCAACGUGCGCUUCAUCCAGGUGGACGUGGACAAGGUGCGCUCUGUCGCGCAGGAGCUGCAGGUGCGCGCGAUGCCGACGUUCGUGCUGUUCAAGGAUGGACAGCCUUUGGAGAAGCGCGUUGUGGGUGGGAAUAUGAAGGAGUUGGAGGAGGGGAUUAAGAGCAUUUCUGCUUAAGUUGGGGAUUGGGUUUGACGUGAGGGACUACGCAUGUGUACCUACGGAGGAAUGAAUUUGAAGGUCUGAAAGAAUAAACCAUAG